CAGUGGACGGUGAUGCCGCCCCCGCCGCAGGCGCCGUACUACCAGGCGCAGCCGCCGCCGAUGUGGAACCAGCAGCCGUCCCAGAUCCCACCGCCGGUGCCCCAGUCGGUGCCGCCGCCGCAGCAGUUCCCGCCUCAGCAGCCCCAGAUGCAGUACCCGGCCCCCACCGUGGCCUCUCAGCCAGCUUCGGCUGACGAGAUCCGGACGCUUUGGAUCGGGGAUUUGCAGUACUGGAUGGACGAGAACUAUCUCUAUGGGUGCUUCGUUCAGUCUGGAGAGGUUCUUUCUGUGAAAAUUAUCCGAAACAAGCAGACUGGGCAAUCGGAAGGUUAUGGUUUUAUAGAGUUUGCAACUCGUGCCAGUGCAGAAAGAGUUCUUCAGACGUAUAAUGGCCAAAUGAUGCCUAAUGUUGAGCAAACUUUCAGACUAAAUUGGGCCACUUCUGGAUCAGGUGAGAGACGUGGAGAUGAAGGUGCCGAUUAUACAAUAUUUGUUGGGGACUUGGCCUCAGAUGUCACAGAUUACUUGUUACAAGAGACAUUCAAAAAUCGCUACUCAUCAGUUAAGGGGGCAAAAGUUGUUUCAGAUAGAAUUACUGGGCGAUCCAAGGGCUAUGGCUUUGUUAGGUUCGGAGAUUUAAAUGAACAAACACGUGCCAUGACUGAAAUGAAUGGAGUUUACUGUUCAUCGAGGCCUAUGAGGAUUGGUCCAGCUGCCAACAAGAAGGCAGGUGCUCAACAGUAUUCUACAAAUGCUUCUUACCCAACUACACCGGGAACUGAGUCCGAGAACGAUCCAAAUAAUACCACUAUAUUUGUCGGUGGGCUUGAUCCAAAUGUCACUGAUGAUCUUCUGCGGCAAGUUUUUAGCCCGUAUGGGGAAUUGGUCUAUGUAAAGAUACCUGUAGGCAAGCGAUGUGGAUUUGUUCAAUUUAAAAUCAGGUCAUGUGCUGAGGAGGCCCUGCGGAUGUUAAAUGGAACCCAGCUUGGGGGGCAGAAUAUUCGGCUUUCAUGGGGUCGUAGUCCAGCAAAUAAACAGCCACAGCAGGAUCCUAAUCAAUGGAAUGGUAGCUAUUAUGGGUAUGCCCAAGGCUAUGAUACAUAUGGGUAUGCCCCACCUCCUCAGGAUCCCAACAUGUACGCAUAUGCAGCAUAUCCAGGAUAUGGGAACUAUCAGCAGCAGCAACAGCAGCAGCCACAGCAGCAGCAGUGAUAUUUUGAUGACGGAGAUGCCUGUUCUAGUAACGAUAGGUGUAUGAACCUGGGCUUGGACCUGCAGUGUUGGCCAUGCAUCUAUGGAAACAGAGCGUUCUUUGUUGUUAAAGCGAGCUGCCUUGAAUCUUGUCCCGAUCUUUAUAGUCUCUCUUUUAGUGUUGCUCUGUAAUGUUGCAUAGACCUCAGAGCUGCAGCUGGUGGUGGUUGGACUGUUUGUUUGUUAGCAGUGCUAGCUUUUUAAGUGUCUAAUAUUUCUGAGUAUUUUGUUUGAAUCAUAUCUAAUAGUUUAUUAUGCUGGAUGGUUAUUGUAUGAAAUAUGGUAGCGUGACAUUUUCGUAUUUCUUUGCUGUCAAAACUGUCUGCCCAAACAAUUCUACAUAUAAAUUGCAUGGACCUUUUGCUUGCUCUUCUGUCAUA